AUGGCGAUCCAAACCCCGCUUGCAGACUUAUCAGCUCGACCUCGUCCGUGUGAGUGGCAGGAGCAACAAGAGCAUCCACCGUUCGACGAACACGACGACCAGCUGGCCGAGGCCAAAUCGCCGCUCUUGCGCGCAUCAAAAGGACAAUUUCGAGCGGCAACUCUCCGAUGGACGACGAGCGACACGGGGAACAGGAUCCGGUCUCGACUCUCAAAUGGCGAUCGAGCGGUACACUGUCGUCGCGCAACUGAAUUUUCGUGA